GGCAGGAAGGAAGGGAGAUGAUCACAGCGCGUGUUCACAUUUGCGUAUAGGCCGGCCCACAGGGAGUCGAUUUGGGGAAGAGGUUACUGUAUACUGUAUAUCGUCACAUUGGCAAAGACAAUUACUUCUCAGCACCUUGUGACUUGCCAGUAACAGACCAGACUCAGCCUCCCUUUCCUGGACCAGCCUUUUUUUGUUUAAAACGUGGAUUUCAACAUUGUAUGGCACUGUUUUACUGUACUCAUACGUGUUGGCUGCGUUUUCUGGACGUUACGCGUAAAACCUCUCCAAGAUGUUUUGGUUCAUGCAAGGACUCUGCUUCCUGCCAGCGUUUUUGGUCAUCUGGUCCUCCAGCACUUUCAUCGUUUCCUACCUUAUUGCGCUUUUCAGACAUGAUGUCGACAUAAUCUUCCCAUACAUAAGUGACACAGGUGCAAACCCCCCAGAGAGCUGCAUCUUUGGCCUGAUGACAUUCAUUUCUGCGUGUGCAGGAAUAGCCACCAUAUACGCCAGGUACAAGUUUGUACAGAAGCUGAGUGAGCAAACGAGAGUGGUGAAGCCAUUUCUCAAUAAAAGUGCUCUUGUAGUUGGGAUGAUCUCCUGUGUGGGCAUGUGUAUUGUUGCAACCUUCCAGGAAACAACAGUGGAAAUAGCUCAUGAUAUAGGAGCUCUGCUGUUCUUUGUCUCUGGCAUUCUUUACACAAUCCUCCAGUCCAUUAUAUCAUAUCGUGCCUAUCCAUUUGGGUCGUCCAUGGGUGUGUGUCGAGCACGUUUGGGUAUCGCCAUCCUUGCUACGUUGGCGUUUUUCCCCACUGUCAUCUGUGCGUUCUAUGUGAAACAAAGCAAGCUGCACAGAGACAAAGAUGACGAGGACUAUCCCUACCACUUAGCCAGCGCUGUAUGUGAGUGGAUCGUUGCCUUCAGCUUCAUCUGCUUCUUCCUCACGUACAUCGACGAUUUCAAACUGUUCACCUUACGAGUGGAAACAGAGUACGAGGAGUAGCCUUCUCUUGAUCGGUCUCCCAACUGCCAGCAAAGUUUUGUAGAUAUUUCAGUAUUUUUUUAAGUUUAAAAACAUGCUGCAUUUCACGAUGUAAGGCUUUUAUAGGAUUUUGUGUUUUUUUAUCACCUGACUGAAUUACUUUUUACAUUAUUUAUAACAACAGGCUGACCGUCCGGUGUUUUAUACAACCUCAAACUAUUUUUAUAAGUGUACUUACUGCUACUAGUGUUCAGCCACUUUGCACUUUGAUCUUGAAUUUUUUUUGCCACAUCAGCGUGACAUGUCCCGUCAGACCUGUGACUGCUAAUAAGAGAAGUUCAUCGCACAGUGAACACAUGAUCGCUACACAUGUGGUUAAAUGAGAAUACCACUCAAACCAACGAUAACUUUGUCUGUGGGUAUGAGGAAGUUUAGUCCAUACUGAUGUUUGGUGAGAAAACGGUGAGACCAAACUGGGUUAUCUCACUGGUAUGUACUGUAGGUGCUCUUUUUAUGCUGAAAAUAUGGAUUAUUAUUCAAAUGCUGCCACUUCCUUAAUCGAUGUUGAAUAUAUAUAUUUUUUUUAUUUCUCUAAUUGAGUUUUAUUUUGACGGCUAAACUGUUAAAUUAGGUUGAAAUCUUUCAAUGAAUGCUACAAAUCAGUGUUUUGGUUCUGGUACUUACUGUUCACGUGCUAAAUGGUCUCAGCUGAUACUGCAAUGGGAAUUAGUUAAUUAGUUUGCUCAGUACAACAGACAAAUUGAAUUGCUGUAAUAAUAUAAACAGGAAUUAAAGCUGACUUUACUGGAAGUCAAUAUUUCCAGUAUGCUUUCUGGCAGAUAAAUGAAGCCUUUAUUCUGUGCCUUAGCUGGUAGUUCCCAACUUUUUGGCCUUUGACCCCUCAGAACAAAAUUAUUUGAUCGUGCUGUUUCCCCCUCAAAUUGUUUAAUUUGUAGGAUUGUUUCUUAUCUCUCCAACUUCGAACCACUUUUCUUCUAAUUUUUUGGGAUUAUCACGACCCAGAUUUAGGAGCUUUAUACUGUAGUCGUUAUUUUGUUUUUAUUUUAAGUAACAUCACAGGGUACAGUAGAAAAACCAAGGGCACAAAGGUAAGAAGCUGUGAAGCCCUGAGAGAAGUUAUUUACUCUUAUGCAAUUAAUAAAUUAAAGUGUUAUGACACAUGGGAAAGUAGAUGCAUACUAUAAUGUAGGCUGCUUAAUGUUUUUAAUUACCUUCAUUUUCUUGUCACAUGCUGAGGAAAGUUCCCAAAUUGAAGAUCACUAUUACAUUUAACUAUCAGCUGAUACGUAAGUCAAGUACUUUUGAUGCACUCCUUUUAUAGAUCUUGUAAUUGGUGAUUAGUAGAUGGUACUAACAUACAAUACUCCAAAGAGAAAACCCUGUGCUGUAACGUGUAAGUGGACAGAGUGGAGGUCACGUGGACACAGAUUAUUAACCUGUUCACUACAGAUACUGUAUUUACAAGGGAAAGAUUUGUUUUUAACUUUGUAUUGCUUAUGACAUAAUGUACUGUACAGAUUAUAAUGCACUGCUGAGUUGCCAAAUAAAGACACACUUUUUUUUU